AUGACGGAAAACGGGUUGGCCCCUUUUAGGUUUCGCGAAAUUAAGGCAGCCCGUAUUGGAUUUAAGAUGACUUGUAAAGAAUAUAUAANAUGGAAGCUUGAAGAAGAGGGACCAAAGAGAGAAAUUAUAGGUUUGGAAUUAAAUGCUUGUGCUGCUGGAGAAGGUGCAUGGAGAGAAAAUGGUAAAUCCAGUGAGCACAAAGGUGUUGGGAUCAACAAAUUCCAAUUCAUAUUUCAAUUGGAGGAAGAUAAGAAGAAGAUGCUAGUAGGGAAGGACUGGUCAUUUGAUGGCCAACAUCUGAUUCUUAAAGAAUGGAAUUCAGAGAAUGAGGGACACAAAGAAGAGGAUGAUGUAAUUCAAAUAUGUGUCCAAAUAUGGGAUUUGCCUCUUCACUGGGUUGUUGCCAAUACUGGUUUAAAGUGGGAAGGCCUUCCAACAAAGUGGUGGAUGUAG